UACAAACACACCUCAAAAUCAAUUACCAGAGAAGAGAAGAAGCUUCUUCUUUAGCGACAAAACAUCAAAAAUUCACAUACGUUUUAGAUUUAAACUCUCUCUUACUCACUCACCGCCGGCGAGUUUCCGGGCCGGAGAGUCCUCUCCUCCCCUUACUACCACUGAAGCCGAUCACACCAGAUCUUUGAAAACAUGUCUGGGCAAAGCCAGCGUUUGAAUGUGGUUCCUACUGUUACAAUGCUUGGAAUUAUGAAAGCUCGUCUUGUUGGUGCGACGAGAGGCCAUGCUCUCCUCAAGAAGAAGAGUGAUGCUCUAACUGUUCAGUUUCGUGCCAUUCUUAAAAAGAUUGUGUCAACCAAAGAAUCAAUGGGAGAUAUUAUGAAAACCUCCUCCUUCGCCCUUACUGAAGCCAAGUAUGUUGCUGGUGAGAACAUCAAACACAUUGUUCUCGAGAAUGUCAACACUGCCUCUCUUAAAGUUCGAUCAAAGCAAGAGAAUGUUGCUGGUGUAAAGCUCCCAAAAUUUGAAUACUUUACUGAAGGUGAGACCAAGAACGACCUCACUGGAUUGGCCAGAGGUGGACAACAGGUUCAACUGUGCAAGGCUGCUUAUGUGAAAGCAAUUGAGGUUCUUGUGGAGCUUGCUUCACUUCAAACAUCAUUUUUAACCCUUGAUGAAGCAAUCAAGAGCACAAAUCGCAGGGUCAAUGCUCUGGAGAAUGUGGUGAAGCCUAGGUUGGAGAAUACAAUAACUUAUAUCAAGGGGGAGUUGGAUGAGCUGGAAAGGGAGGACUUCUUCAGGUUAAAGAAGAUACAGGGAUUUAAGAAGAGGGAAAUUGAGAGACAGAUGGCAGCUGCUAAGAACUUCUCAGACGACCAGGCUGCAGAAGUUAUUUCUUUAAAGAAGGGUAUUUCACUAAAUUCAGCUCAAAAUUUGUUGUCUGGAGGUAUGGGAAAGGACGAGGAUAUCAUUUUCUAAUCGGGAUGCUAGCUUUAUAUUUUGGUUCUUAGAAUGUGUGAUUCUGGCUGUGCUUCUUGUUGUUAAGAGGUAAAUUUCUAUUAUUAUUUAGCUGGACAGUCUUUUAUGUACUGAAUAAAAGCUCCAUCUCCCUAAUGUAUGUUUCUAUUUAUUUUGUAUUAUUUGUCAGUAAACUUCAUCAGUGCGAGGUUUUGAUUUUGUUGCC